AUGUCAUACUCACGACAAGAAGAAAACGGAAAAGACACCCUCCACUUCCUCGAACCCUCCCCCUCCCCCUCCUCCUCCUCCACUUCUUCAAUCCCAUCAAACCAAUCAGCAGCAUACGACCCCGAAACCGGCGAGUUCAACUGGGACUGCCCCUGUCUCGGCGGGAUGGCCCAAGGCCCUUGUGGUGACACCUUCAAAGAAGCCUUCUCCUGCUUUGUUCUUUCGGAAGCCGAGACCAAGGGGUCUGAUUGUUUGGAAAAGUUUACGGCCAUGAAUGAUUGUUUCCGGGCCAAUGGGUAUUAUGAUGGCGAGGAUGAGGAGGACGAUGAUGUGGAGGUAGAGGGGAAGGAGGACGAGAGCGAGAAACAAGAGACUAGGAACGUUUAG